UACAUUCAUACAGAUUUUAAAAAUACAAAAGUUGUCUGUAGAAUUAAAAUAUCUAAAAAACGCUAUUCUAUAAAAUUAAAUAUCAUAGAAAUGAUAUGUUUAAAAUUUAUCUAUGUUUUAAUUUACUUAAUGCCAAUUUAUGUCAAGUAUUUUACGGAGGCUAAAAAAGCAACAAAACCAGCUAUCCUCAGACAUCUUUUUAAAAAUGAUGGAUGGAAAAAUUUAAAUGACGUAAGUGAAGUAAAAUUUUUAGGUAUUCGUUAUCGUUUAAAUGAUAUAACUGAAAAAGACACUAAUUCUUUAAAUGCUGACGGUCAAGUACGAGCUGCUACAAUAUUCCUUGCGGUUUCACAUGGCAUUGUUUUAAAAAAACUGUUCUAUAUUAUUGAUAAAUUUCGAGAAUAUUGUGAUAGCUUAAUAGAAAAUAAUAAAAUUGAUGAACAUGAUAAAAUCAAUUGUAUAAAUAAAUUAUUGAACACAAUACAAAAUAUAUUAUCAUUGGCAAAGAAAAUGGAAGGAGCAAUAGAUGCUAUAGAUGAAAUGCAUAUUAAUUCAUUGAAGUCUGCAAUAAAAUAUAAAGAAAAUUACAUUUUAAAAAAAAUGUUCAAUGAAUUGCAAAGUUUUGAUAAUAAAUUACAAAAAUUACAAUCAAAGAAGCUAUUAGCCAAAACUAUUUUACAGUUAAUACAAAUUUUUUUAUUUGCGAGAAUUAGAGAUAUAAUACACAGUAUACGCCUGCAUGCUAAGUUGAUAUUUGAAAAUCGAGAAUUAUUCAUAGACAGAAUAAUGAAAGAAUACAAGGAGAAUCCAUUGGAAGAUACUGGUGGACAUAAAUUAAUUAAUCAUCUUAUUACAAAAAUAAAUGAAAUUAUUGAAGAUACGGUUCAAAAAAAGAUUUUUGAGCUAGGUUUUAAGUAUAAUGUAAUAACCGGCGAAGUUUACAUAACGACAUCAUGCGAAGAUAUUAAAAACGAAAAAAUAAGAAAUUCUGGGAAAGUAAAAUAAAUUCUGCACCACCAAUACAGAUUAUUUAAAAGAAGGAUUAAAAAUGAUGGAAAAGACGUUAUUUGACCAGAUCUUGGUAGUUUUUAGAAAAUAAAGAAUCAUUAAUUACAUUUUUAAAUUAAUUAGAUAAAUAUAUUUAAAUAUUUUUUAUUAGAUACAAUUUUUAACCCUAAUUAAAUUGAUUUUC